CCGGGGAAUUCUAGAGGCGGAGGAGGGUGGCGAGCAGCUCCGGCUGGCUGGCUCGCUCCCUCCCUCUCCUCGCGCUCCCUCUCCCACUCCGUCUCUCUUUCUCUCUCUCUCUCCCUCCUUUUCCAUUUCCCCCCUCCAUCCUCCCUGCCCUGCGCGUCUGGACGCAGAUUUAGGAAGCGAAUUUGCUCACGUUUUAGGACACGGAAGACGACAGGCGCGGGAGAAGAGCGCGGCCGGACUCGGACUGGAACCCAGACACCCUCCGGAGGCUCGGAGCGAAGGCAGGAGGCGGAGGCGAACGGAAGCCAGUGUGCAGUUCAAGUUGUGAUAGCGCUGUUAGAAGAGGGCUUAAAUCAGAGAUUUUUUUUUUUUUUUUUUUAAAGGAGAGAGACUUUUUCCGCUCUCUCGCCGGCGGUUCCAGCCGGGUCCAGCGCAAUUGCAGGCGCCUCCUGCGAGAAAGAGGCAGAGGAAGAGAGAUAGGGGGCGGGGGAAGAAGAAGGAGAAGAAAAGGUAAAAAGUCUCUUAGGAGAACCGUUCGCACUUGCAACAAAGAACUAGGGGCUGGGGCGCGGUUCCUGGGACCCAGGGCCGGAGUGUCCAUUUGGAGCAGAGCGGCAGGGCUCGGGCGCGAGUCGAGAGCCUGCUCGCUCCCCUCGCCUCUGAAACCGACUUGCAGGAGCGGCUUUUUAAAAACGCAAGGCACAAGGACAGUCAGUCCGGCGACUAUGUCUCCCGAUUACUCGCCUUGCCCUCUUUAAAAGCGGCGUUCUCCCCAAAAAACACUGACUCCCUCUCCCUUUGAGGUGCUGUAGUUGUGAUUUCUUUUUGCUUUUUUUUUCUUUUUGCUUUUUUAACUAUGCGCUGCUGUUAAAAAAAAAACAAAAACAAAACAAAACAGCAGCUGCGGACUUGCCCUCGGCUGGAGCCCAGCGCCCCGCCUGGAGUGGAUGAGCCUCUCCAUGAGAGAUCCGGUCAUUCCUGGGACAAGCAUGGCCUACCAUCCGUUCCUACCUCACCGGGCGCCGGACUUCGCCAUGAGCGCGGUGCUGGGUCACCAGCCGCCUUUCUUCCCCGCGCUGACUCUGCCUCCCAACGGCGCGGCGGCGCUCUCGCUGCCGGGCGCCCUGGCCAAGCCGAUCAUGGAUCAAUUGGUGGGGGCGGCCGAGACCGGCAUCCCUUUCUCAUCUCUGGGGCCCCAGGCGCAUCUGAGGCCUCUGAAGACCAUGGAGCCCGAAGAAGAAGUGGAGGAUGACCCCAAGGUGCACCUCGAGGCCAAAGAACUUUGGGAUCAGUUCCACAAGCGGGGCACGGAGAUGGUCAUUACCAAGUCGGGAAGGCGAAUGUUUCCCCCAUUUAAAGUGAGAUGUUCUGGGCUGGAUAAAAAAGCCAAAUAUAUUUUGUUGAUGGACAUUAUAGCUGCCGAUGACUGUCGAUAUAAAUUUCACAAUUCUCGGUGGAUGGUGGCGGGUAAGGCUGACCCUGAAAUGCCAAAGAGAAUGUAUAUUCACCCGGACAGCCCAGCUACCGGGGAGCAGUGGAUGUCCAAAGUUGUCACUUUCCACAAACUGAAACUCACCAACAACAUUUCGGACAAGCAUGGAUUUACUUUGGCCUUCCCAAGUGAUCACGCAACGUGGCAGGGGAAUUAUAGUUUUGGUACUCAGACUAUCCUGAACUCCAUGCACAAGUACCAGCCCCGAUUUCAUAUCGUGAGAGCCAAUGACAUCCUGAAACUUCCAUAUAGUACAUUUCGGACAUACUUGUUCCCCGAAACCGAAUUCAUCGCUGUGACAGCAUACCAGAACGAUAAGAUAACUCAGUUAAAAAUAGACAACAACCCUUUUGCAAAAGGAUUCCGGGACACUGGAAAUGGCAGGAGAGAAAAAAGAAAACAGCUCACCCUGCAGUCCAUGAGGGUGUUCGAUGACAGACACAAAAAGGACAAUGGCACCUCUGAUGAGUCCUCCAGCGAACAGGCUGCCUUCAGCUGCUUUGCUCAGUCCUCCUCCCCUGCUGUCUCCACUGUUGGGACGUCCAACCUCAAAGAUCUGUGUCCUAGCGAGGGGGAGAGCGACGCCGAGGCCGAGAGCAAAGAGGAGCACGGGCCUGAGGCUUGCGACGCGGCCAAGAUCUCCACCACCACGUCGGAGGAGCCAAGCCGCGACAAGGGCGGCCCUGCGGUCAAGGCGCACCUCUUCGCUGCAGAGCCCGGCGGCCGGCCCCGGGACAGCGGGCGGCUGGACAAGGCAUCGCCCGACUCACGCCACAGCCCGGCCACCAUCUCGUCCAGCACCCGCGGCCUGGGCGCGGAGGAGCGCCGGAGCCCGGGGCGCGAGGGCGCGGCCACGUCCAAGGCCGAGGAGGCGCGCGCUCUGCCCGCCAAGGAGGCCUUCGCGCCGCUCACGGUGCAGACGGACGCGGCCACCGCGCACCUGGGCCAAGGCCCCCUGCCCGGCCUCGGCUUCGCCCCGGGCCUGGCUGGCCAGCAGUUCUUCAAUGGGCACCCGCUCUUCCUGCAUCCCAGCCAGUUCGCCAUGGGGGGCGCCUUCUCCAGCAUGGCAGCCGGCAUGGGGCCCCUGCUUGCCACCGUGUCGGGGGCCUCCACCGGCGUCUCAGGCCUGGAGUCCUCGGCCAUGGCCUCCACCGCCAUGGCCUCCGCCGCCGCGGCGCAGGGACUGUCGGGGGCGUCGGCCGCCACUCUGCCCUUCCACCUCCAGCAGCACGUCCUGGCCUCGCAGGGCCUGGCCAUGUCGCCUUUCGGAAGCCUGUUCCCUUACCCCUACACGUACAUGGCCGCCGCCGCGGCCGCCUCCUCUGCAGCGGCCUCCAGCUCGGUGCACCGCCACCCGUUCCUCAACCUGAACACCAUGCGCCCGCGCCUGCGCUACAGCCCCUACUCCAUCCCGGUCCCGGUCCCGGACAGCAGCAGCCUGCUCAGCACCGCCCUGCCCUCUAUGGCGGCGGCCGCGGGGCCCCUGGACGCCAAAGCCGCUGCCCUGGCUGCCAGCCCGGCCUCGGUGGCCGUGGACUCGGGCUCGGAACUCAACAGCCGCUCCUCCACCCUCUCCUCCAGCUCAGUGUCCUUGUCGCCCAAACUCUGCCCCGAGAAAGAGGCGGCCACCAGCGAACUGCAGAGCAUCCAGCGGUUGGUCAGUGGCUUGGAAGCCAAGCCUGACAGGUCCCGCAGCGCGUCCCCAUAAACCCCUCCCCAGGAAAGUCUCUUCAUUCCAGUCCAGUCAUAUUUGCAGUGCACUUUGUUGGAUGUAAAAUAAACCACGGGCGUGCAGUGGGCUUACUCUGCUUCCUGCAGUCCUGUCUGGGAAGGGGUGCCGGACUCCCUGGAGAGAAUGUGCUAGAAACAAGCCGUGCCUUCUUGGUGUGGUUAUAUAUCCGGGGUCUGGCUCAGAUUCUGGGGGCUCAGAAACCUCUGUUGCAUUGCGUUGUUGGGGGUGGGAGAACAGGUUCUGUCCAGAGCACCCCGAAGGAGGUUGGCCUGGGAGCCUGGGAAGAGAAAGGUAGCCAGGCCUACCAGGAGGGGGAUGUGUUGAAAGGCUUCUCUCCCAGUGCAGAUUUAUAUAUAUUUUUCCUUCACCGUGUCAAGUGGAAACAAAAACAAAUAAAAUUAAAAAAAAAAAAAGUACCGGGGGCAAAUGAAUACAUUAACAUGAUUCUGUUUGUGAAGAUUAAAAACUUUAUAGUGACUUGCGUAUCAGUUCUAAAUAAAUUACUGAGCAGCAUUGUUUUUUGGGGGAGGGGGGGAGUCGCUGCCAGCCUUGUUUAGUCUCUAUUAAGGAAAUCUGUGUCUUUUUAAUAUUCUUGUGAUGUUUUAAGAGCCACUAUAGGUCUCUUCUUGCAUGUUCCACAGUGAUGUAUUUGUGGUUUUUCAGUUUGAAUGCUUGCUUUUAGAGAGAAAAGAACAUGACCCCACACCUUUCCCCCAAUUCUCAUUGGCAACCCCAAGGGGGAGGAUUUCAGGGGAAGGGGGUGGGGAAGCCACCAAAAAAUGGGUUUAUUUUAUCUAAGCUCUGUAGCAGGAUUCAUGUCUCCCCUCCCUCUCUCUCUCAGUUCUUUCUCUUUCCUGUAUAUGCAAUAACAAGGUUUUAAAAAAAAUAAUAAAGAAGAAGCGAGACUAUUAGCAAAGUAUUUAUGUAAUUAUUUGAUAACUCUUGUAAAUAGGUGGAAUAUGAAUGCUCGGAAAAUUAAACUUUAAUUUAUUGACAUUGUACAUAGCUCGGUGUAAAUAGGAGUGAGGCUCUCAGGCUCUGUGUUCUGUUUUCCCUGUAGUCAGUUUUAGUUCAAGGUCACAGGAUCGCUUUUAAAACUAGAAAACAACACUUUAUGCACCAACACCGACACACUUUCAAAAAGAGUUGUCUGGAAAAAAAAUUUUUUCUUAAUGUCCAAAAGUGAGGGAAAGUGUUCUUGCCUGUUUUACCCAAAUUUGGGGAGGCGGUACCACGCCCCGGCCCCACCUUCAACUCCUGAAAAUGCAGCAAGCACCCUGUGUAUGAGGGGCUUUGGGAUGGCUUGGCAGGCCGAGGAGGGGGGGCUCCAGAGGCUGUGGCUUGACUUUCUAAUUUUUCUUCUGUAUUUGUAUUUGCUAGUCUCUGAUAUCUUCAAAGCGAAGUGGAAUUGACUACUGUCUUCAAUAUUGAUGGUGUUUUGAAUUGGUGCCUAUAGAGAUAUAUUCACAGUCCAAAAGUCAGGUGCUGACAGAUGGUUUAAAGACAAAAACUCAUGAAGGUAUAUUUUGUGUUAUAAUUGUUGAUGAGUUCUUUGGUUUUCUGUAUUUUUUCCCUCUCUUUAA